AACUCGUCCUUGGCGGAUUAGCGCCCGAGCGAUGCCUUUCCCUCUGAGGACCGUGUCCCCCCUCAAGCUGUGCCGCUUGGAAGAGGAUGUUGCCGCUCAAAGGGACAAAGAAGGGCACGCCGGGCGCGGCGCGGCGGCGGGGCUACUCUUCGGCUCCUUGGAGGAGGUCUGCUCGCAUUCGCUGGUCUCCCUCCUCUGGCAACUCUCCGACCUCUCCCGCUGCGCCAGCGACGUCUUCGGCGGUAUCCAGAACCAAGCGGACAGCCUGGGGCGCCGGGGCGCCCAGCUCCAGCACCGCCUGGACUCUCUCAAGGCGGUCGCCGCUCGACUGGACCACCGCAAAGUGAAGAUCCCUGUCUCCAAUCUAGAUGAAGAGAGUAGAUGGACAGUCCAUUACACGGCACCCUGGCACCAGCAGGAGAAUGUGUUUCUACCUUCCACAAGGCCACCCUGUGUCGAGGACCUGCACCGUCAAGCCAAGCUGAAUUUGAAGUCGGUACUGAGAGAAUGUGACAAGCUACGGAGAGAUGGCUAUAGAAGUUCUCAGUACUAUUCUCAGGGUCCAACCUUCUCGUCCUCUUCCAGCGCACUCUGUGGAAGUUACCAAGAUGAUUAUGAAGAAAUUGAGCAAAAGUGUUCAACCCCUUCUCCUGAAGAGGAAAAGCUUAUUAGCAUCAAGAGACCCAAAGCACAAAUUCCAAAUGAAUUUUCUGAUAUCAACACUCAAACAAAUUGGACCAAAUCACUUCCGUUGCCAACACCAGAGGAGAAAAUGCGACAGCAGGCUCAAGCAGUCCAAACUGAUGUUAUACCUAUUAACGUAACGGGGGAGAAUUUUGACCGCCAAGCCAGCAUACGGAGGUCUCUAAUUUACACAGACACUGUGGUAAGGCGGCCGAAGAAAGUGAAAAGGAGAAAGACUAUUACAGGAAUCCCAGACAACAUCCAAAGAGAGCUAGUUGGCAGUGGUAAAAGUGACUUCCGUGGCCAUUCUUUAUGUGUCCCUGAUCAUUAUUCCACGCUAGGAAGACUUGAUAGCUAUCAUUCUUCUAUGCAGCAAUGUGACACCAAGGACUCCAGCUGUCAGACAGAAGAAGUUAAAGUGGUGCCACCUUCAGUGAGGCGAAUACGUGCACAGAAAGGUCACGGAAUUGCAGCCCAGAUGUCACAGUUGUCCAGUUCCUCUGGAAACAUGUCUGUGAUGAGUGAUUCUGCUGGGGUAGUAUUUGCUUCUCGCCUAAAUGAUGACCUAGGUUUUCACAGUCUACCUCGGCCUGGGGCAAGAGUGUCCUUACAGUUACUGGAACGUAGGCAUAGCCUCUCUAAGUCAACAGAAGAUGGAGCUUUGUCGCAUCCAAUAAGCAAAUUGCAAGUGGACAAUAGUAUAGACCACAUGAGGAAUAGCAGCAGAACAGGUGUGCUUCAAAGGCCAAAGUCUCAAGAAGUAAGGAGCCCUGAGGGUGGACAAGCAGAAAGCCCAGCAUGUGUGGUCUCACCACAUGCUACGUUUUCAACCAGCAUCAUACCAAAUGCUACCCUCUCAUCCUCUUCAGAGGUAAUUGUUAUUCACACACCACAAAGUGCUGGAUCAAUAGAUAGUAAAAUCACCAACUCCUCUUCAUAUUCCAAGGCUAGAGACAGUCUUGUUGCCAACAGCAUAGUAAGCACAAAAGAUCAACAACACCAUUCUUCUAGUGGUACCUGGAGUGAGACCAGUUCAAUUCAUCACUCACAGUCCUCAGACAUUACUAUCUCAUCAAAUGCUGCGAUGGUGCUUGCCCUUGGAGAUUCAGGGGUGUGUCUUAGUGGUGCAGGAACUGUGGAAAAUGCCCCCCAAAAUACGAUCUACAGCUGUAGAAACAACCUCAGUUUUCCAAGCCACUCUCAGGACAGUGACAACAGGAGUGAAUCGAGUUACUUGAUGGACAAAACACAGGGCAAAGUUCAGAAUAGCACAGAACAUUGUGGGUUGAAGCAUGCUGGAAAUGAUGGGACACCUUUACACAAGCCCAGCUGUGCCACUCCAGGAUGCUCCACACCUGUGAGCAACUUAAGUACGGGCAGCCUUGAAAGAGUUUCAGUCAAGGAAGACUCAAGCUCUUUAUAUUCUGUGGACCAUGACGGCUAUUAUACUUCCAUGCAUGUGGACUCGGGCCUCAAGUCUGGUAACAGCUGCAGUAGUAAUAAUGGCUUUGGAAAUCCCAGACAUAGUGUCAUUAAUGUGUUUGAUGGGGUUGAGAAAAAAUCCCUGGGAGACUUGUCCUGCUGCAGCGACAAGUCCCUCUCACGAAGCAUCUCCUUAAAAAAGGCAAAGAAGCCACCUCUGCCACCAUCUAGAACAGACUCUCUUAGAAGGGUCCCUAAGAAGAAAGCUCAGUCCAAUGGGCAAGUUCUGGAUGACAUGCUGAUUGCUAGCCUGCAACACUCCCUGCAGUUGAACCUCAAGUGCAAAAAUGGCAGCUCACCAUCUCAAAGUCCCAGCAGUGAUUAUGAUGACCCUUGGGUGCUGCGCUCUCGUAGCCAGAGCUCUGUGAGUGCCAGCAGCAGCAUGAUGUCUGCAGCAGGCCUGAACAUGUACUCCAUCUGUGCUGUCACCCCCUCCCAGAGUGAGACAAGCAGUAUCAAGUCAGAGUAUGCUGAUCAAUGGGGCUACUACAGUGACUGUCCCGGGAUGCCUGACGAUAAUUUAAAAUCCCCCGUAGUGCAUUCAGCUAAUACUGCACCCAGGCUGAAUGAUUAUCACGUCAGCCGCCUUAAUGACGGGUCAAGGGCUUCUGCACCGCAUGUGCCCAGCGGGUUGACCAAACCAAAGGCAGCUUCUCCGGAAAAGUCACACAGAGUUACAUCGCCAUCUAGUGGGUAUUCUAGCCAAUCCAACACACCCACAGCACUUACGCCAGUGCCCGUCAUUCUAAAAUCUAUGUCGACAGGGAAUGGGAAAACAAAGAUGAAGCCUAAAGUGCCUGAAAGGAAGUCAUCCCUGCUGUCUUCAGUUUCCAUGUCUUCCUCCUCCACAUCUCUUUCUUCCAAUACAUCUGCUGAAGGGAAUGUGAGUGUGAAGAAGCCCGAUCCUGGUCCGAGCUUCCCUCUUGUCACUUCUCCACUAAUGUCUCCAGACUCUGCUGACCAUCUUCUUUUUCCUCCCCCACCACCCCCGUUAACAGAUGUUAUGGAUUUGUCUCUUCUACCUGGCUCUCCCAAUUUCCCACCACCUCCACCAGAAGCUGUUAUAGGUGCAUCACUUCCUCAGAGUGUUCCAUGGUUUAAUUGUCAAGAUAGAUCAUUGAGUCAUUUUUAUUCCUCAUCAUUACCUGACCCAUCUCCUCCCCUUCCACCUCCUUUCCUUUCUUCAGUUCCUCCACCAGCACCACCCUUGGACCCCAAAUUCACAAAAGAUGCAUAUAAACAUGCACCAUACUCUUUCAAGAAACGUAAACAGGAAGAUUCUUGUCCCAGCCCGGUAAAAACACUAUUAAAUAAGGAAGGUCCCACUCGGCCUGCAAUGCCUCUAGUAACUACCCAAGCACUGCAAAUGGUACAGCUGAGGUCUGUGAGGAAAACUGCUAUGUCAGAGGCUGAACAGACAGUUGAAUCAGAUUGCAAAAUCAAUUCUCAGGAAAAAUUGUCUAAAGUUCUCAUAUCUCAGUCGCCUUUAAAACCAUGUGUGUCAGUAGGGUAUAGCGACAGCCUGGAUGAAGACGAGGUAUUCCCGCCUAGAGCUUUUGAGAAAAGCUUUGUUUACAGCCCUAGUCAGAGGCCUUAUCCAGGUUGCAGCGGCAGUACCCCUGAACUUACCUGGGGUAAAAUGCCUGGAAGUGCAGCCAAUCUAGCUAACUCUGUUGUCAGUGAUUUACCACCAGCCAGUGUUGAAGAAGCACCAGUGCAGAAUCAAGGUUCUCACAGUGAACUUGCAAGUUCAUCACUUCAGGGACAGUCAGGAUCUCUCAACAAGCCUCAGGGUAUAUCGCCAAACAAGAAGCCGCCACCUGUUUCAAAGAAACCCAAACUGUUCCUGAUUGUGCCACCCCCACAGCCUGAUGUUACAGCAGAAAAAAUAGCUGAAGUGGGUGAAACCGUCAGAAGCUCUCCGAGUGUAACUACAAGGAAUGCUGCAGUUGCACAGUACAGUCAGCCUAAAGACUGUCUUUCAGAUGGACUCUGUUCUUAUGAAAUGGACUCUGGCAGCCUUGUUCCAGAAGGAGGAGCUGCAGGUUCCACCUCCUGUGAAACCCUGGAAACCAGUGUCUCUACACUGCAGCCCAAGCAGGGGGAGCAGCCUGGCAUAUGUGAGAGGAGCCGUUCUGACAGAAAUGGAGACAGCAUCUCCAGAGCAGACAGGCACCUGCCUCAAAGUGAUGAAAGUGCUGAGGUGUUUGAAUCAGAUGCAGUGAACAGCAUUUUACUGCAAAGCCCUACUUAUGGGGAAGGCAAUGAGGUGCUGGCAAUGCCAACUAGACCAAGGACUACUGAGGAUCUUUUUGCAGCCAUUCACAGAUCCAAAAGGAAAGUCCUUGGCCGCAAAGACUCUGAAGAGGACCGCACCAGAAAUCAUUCUCCAUCACCCCCAGUUACACCUACUGGUGCUUCCCCAAAUCUCUCUUCCCUUAAGCAGGCAGGAUCAAUUCAGAGAAAUAUUCGCAAGAGUAGCACCAGCAACGAUAACUUCAAAGCACUGCUGCUUAAAAAAGGGAGUCGCUCAGACACCAGUUCUCGCAUGUCAGCGGCAGAGAUGUUAAAGAAUACAGACCCAAGGUUUCAAAGAGCCAAGGUAGAUUCACCCUGGGACCUGGCUGACAGUACCACAAGUUGUUCUCCUACUAAAAGCAGGCGGGCUCAGGAAGAAUGGGCCAAGAGUGAAGGCCUGAUGCCAAGGAGUCUGUCCUUUUCCAGCACCAGGUAUAGCCGAUCUCGAACCCCACCUUCUGCUGCAAGUAGCAAAUACAAUGUUCGAAACCGGAUCCAGAGUAGCCCUAUGACUGUUAUCAGCGAGGGAGAUGUGGAAGCAGUAGAAACUUCAGAGGGCAGGACUCAUAGAUCUUUCGAAGAGGAACAAGAGGGUCAGCUUGAUGUGUUUGACUUUGACGAAAUAGACAUGAAUGAAGAUGUGGGCUCCAGUGAGGACACCACAACGCACCCAGACUUGAUAUCUUAAUGGUGACACCGAAUCCUUUUAAGUGUGUAUGUAUGCCCAUCAGCUGAAAAACUUUAAAGUGAGGAGGAAGGAGCAAGGCACUGUGAUGUUAAACUUUCAGAAGGUGUAUGUAAUGAGUAAGAGAGCCAGGCCUAGCAGAAACGCCUAUUCAGUACAAUUUCUUUGCCAAGCAUUUAACAUCCGCUCAUGUACGGAUACUGCAGUACUGAUACCUCUUUUUAUGGCUUUGUUGGAUUAGACAUUUUGGUUUGAAAGCAGUAGCCAGACUUCUCCAUUAAAGCCUUAAAAAUCCUCUAGAUGAAAAACAAACAAACAAACAGCCAGAUAUUCUCAAAUUCUGGGUUACUUGUGAUUUUUUUUUUUUUGAGGGUGUAAAAAAUUAAAGUAAGCCUGCAGAGAAAAUGGGAAACUUCAGUGGUACAGGGUGGCAGUAGCUUUUUAAGUUUAUAUUUAUGAAACGUAAUCUCUUUUGAGCAGGGACUUUUGGAAUGAAAUACGCAGCCUAUUAUGAGUUAGCAGGAUUGACAUUGUCCCACUGCUUCUUCUAGUGUGGGCUCCUUUGCUGGACUAAUCAUCUCAUAACAGGAUAACAACAGGCCAUCCAGAGUCUGGAUUAAUUUUUAAAAAUCCAACAGGGGAAAAGGCACUGUUGAAAUACAGAAGUGGCUGCUAUGCAGCCAUAUUAGAGCCCACCUGUUUGUUUUUUCAGAUGCCUCCCCAUCAUGGACUUCUUUCUUUGAAUGGAAAUUGAGAAAUCCUUUUGGAGGCCAAAAAUAUGUAGCUGCAGAUUUGUAAUUAGGGUGUACAUAAAUUCAGAGUAAUGGUGAGAUAAAAUAAGCAAACCGCCAUUAGGUUCUAAAUCUGAAAACAAAUCCAACAUUUGAGAACUUACAGAACUGUACAGAGUUCCCUUUACUUUUCAAUUAAACUCUGUGGGAAUUGCAGCACUGCCAGGUUUUCUUCAUCAAAAUAGGAAGAUUUUUGAAUAACAUAUCACUUGAAAUAUUCAACACUUCCUAACUUUUAGUUACCAAAGAAUACAUUACAAUUACUUUUACUAUAUUGUCAGAAUUUCCUUGACUUGAGGAAAAAACUGUAAACAUUUAGGAGAGUUUGCUUAAUUUUAUUGAGUAUUUACCAAUGUGUUAAAAAAAAUAACAUUUUCUUAUUUGUAAAAAAAAUUACUGAUAAAACAUCAGCUACGAUUUUGAACACGUUUUUUAAAGAAGCGUUUAGUUUUUGAAAAGGAAUUUUGCAUAAGUUGAUAGUCUGUAUGGUUUUUAUAAUAUUUGUACAUAACGAAGUUCUUAAGGUAACUUUUGUCCUGCCAGUGUUGAAAGUUCUACGUUUUUAGACGUUAAGAAAGAUUUCUAUGUAGAUAAUUUAUUUUACUGAUAAACACUUGACUCUUUUCUUUCCAUCUCUGUAUUUGUUAGUACUGUCAGUUUCAGGGGCCUUCACUCAGCUCAAGAAAGGGAGGGGGACAAUGCUGUGACUCUGCUUCAAUAAACAGGCUGUCAUUUGUCA